AUGGAUCCAAAUAGCAGUUGUGAUAGUACUGGUACUACGUUGACAAAAGUUGACGUUAGCCUUUCACUUAUUCUCUGUUACACCCACAGCAGGCGGACAAAUAGUGAUGAAUCAAGGACGCCUCCAGGGCAUCCAAGUAAUCGUAGAAAAGGAAAGGCGAUAACAGGUUUCGACAAGCUAAUAGCUGAAAAUGUGAUACUCAUUGUAUCGACGAGCGAGUGUUGCAUGUGUGCCUCAGUGAAGAGCUUAUUGGUGUCGUUGGGGGUUAACCCCGUGAUUUUUAAGGUGGAUGAAGAGGAUAAAACCUCUGUGUUGAUAAAACUAAUAAAGAUGAAUGAAGUUGCCAGCAGUGAUACUAGAGAACCAUGGGAGUUGCCAACAGUGUAUAUAAAAGGAAAGGACUUAGAAGGUGUUGAUAAAGUAAUGGAGAGUCAUUUAAAGUAUCCAGUUAGUUAUGUUGUGAUAUUAAAUGUGAAAGUUAUGAAUAAAAUAAAACUCUUGAAACAGUAA